AUGAGGCAACUGAGGCAUAAGCAUUUUAUACAAGAGUUUCUGCUGCAGCAAAUGCUACACCAGGUCUUGGAAGAUACCCUCCAUUCAAGAGAGAGGUAUGGUUUUAAGAAUGAGGCAAAGAAAAUGGUUGUUGCACUAGUUGAUAUGGAGCGAGCCUUUGUGCCCCCCCAACAUUUCAUCUGUUUGGUGCAAAGGAGGAUGGAGAGACAGCGCCGAGAGGAGGAGCUGAAAACUCAAUCUUCAAAAAAGGGGCAAGAGGCAGAGCAGGCAACACUAAACAGAGCAACUAGUCUUCAAACAGGUGGUCAGCAAACUGGUGGAAGCUUGAAAUCAAUGAAGGAAAAACCAGGGCAGACAGAGAAAGAAGUUCAGGAGAAUUCAGGUUUAAAGACUGCAGGUCCUGAAGGAGAAAUAACAGCAGAAUUUGCAACAAAUGGUACACGGUGGGGACGUCGCUCAACUGAGCUGAAGAAGAUGACCACCCUCCGUGAAUCGUCGUCUUCGUUGCUUGCUUGGGAAGAUUCCUUGGGUUCAUCGUGCGGGAUUCCAUGGUCUUCGUGGCUGAACUGA